GUAUGUGGCUGGCUGCCUUCUUCUCGAGUCCGACUGAAUUUUGUCUUUCUAUGGUGGCAAAUAAAAGUUAGUGAACCAAAUCCAAACGAGAAAAAACGGCAAGGCAAAGUGUGAUUUUUUCGGGCCACUGCUGGUGCCCUUGGAGUGCAGCGCAUACAGAAAAAAUAAAUAUCAAUCCGACGGUCCCGUCUUCCGGUCGUCGGUGGACAGACAGCAACCAUCAGCAAUUUUGCUGAUCGCGGGUGGUGCCAGUCCGUACGGAGCUCUGUUUGGGUUCGUGCGUCGUGAUAUUUGGCUCCCUGCUGGUGUUAAGUGAUUAAGUUAAGAUUCCGUCUCGACCCCCCUCCAAAAUGGGAAAGUACACGCACAGUUCGAACCUGAGCAACCACCGGAACUUGGAGCAGAUUAGCAACGAGCUGAUCCAGGAAACCAAAGUCUGCACCGACCAAAGCCCGCUGCCCAAGAGCCUCCGGGAGCGAUUGGAAGGCUUACCACGCCACAUUCGCAAGGAGGUGGUCAAACGAGCUCGGGACGGUUGUUCGCCGUUGUUCAUAGCCUGCCGUCGGGGAAAUGUUAAGAUCACCGAGUAUCUCAUCACGGUCUGUGACGCGGACAGUGAGCAGAAAGGCCUCUACGAGGUUCCGGAAGAUCGUUCCGUUCACUGUGUCACUCCGUUGUGGUGUGCUUGCGUUUCCGGCAAGCUCCCGGUAGUGAAAUGUCUUGUCCGACUGGGCGCCAAUAUCAACGCUCUCUCCGAUACGGGCUCGACGCCGCUGCGAAGUGCCUGCUUCAUGACGCACAUCGACAUUGUUCAAUAUUUAGUGGAGAAUGGAGCUGACAUCCGGAAGCCUAACUAUAAUGGAGGAACAUGCCUUAUCAACUCGGUUCAAUCGGUUCAACUGUGCAGCUACCUAAUUAGCAAGGGUGCUGACGUGAAUGCUCGUGACAUACAGGACAAAACCGCUCUCCACUAUGCCAUUCAGGAGCACCGGCUGGAAACGGCUCAGCUGCUGUUGGAGCACGGAGCUGAUCCCUUUGCCAAAAGCCGCUACGGGGAUGACGCCUUGCAGACGGCUUGCCUUAAAGGGGCACACCAGAUCUUUGAUUAUCUCAAGAAUCGCAUCAACUACUCGUCGGAAAGGUUGGCCGAUGCCCACGAACUGAUCGGAUCCACAUUCAUAGACGAUCACAAUGAGACCCGAGUUGCGAUCCUGCACUGGCGGUUAGCUCACCACAUCCGUCUGAGGGAUGCAAACUACAUUCGCAAAAAGCCGGACGUCCCACUCCGAUACGCCUACGGCAACGCGAUCGAGUUCUCCACCAUUGCCGAGCUGGACAACAUUGCAGCCGAUGUGGACGCCAUGCGAAUUCAGAGCUUACUCAUCUACGAACGGAUACUGGGAAUUGAUCACAAGGACACGCUGUUCCGGCUGAUGUUCAGGGGAGCAUCCUACGCGGAUUCGCUACGUUUUCAGCGGUGUAUCGAUCUGUGGCUAUUGGCGCUGCAGGUUCGGGUGCAAAAGUAUUCGAUCCUGUACUCGGACGCCUGCCUGACGGCCCAGGCAAUUGUGAGGCUCAUGUUGGACCUUUUGGACAAGUACGCGGACGUGAUGCCGAACGAGUUUGUCGAGCGGGGGAUGCCACGCUUCGAGGAUGUCUAUGCCGUGUUUCAGGUGCUGACUUCGAAUAUUAACGACGCUCGCCAGCUACUCAACAUCCGCCCGGUGCACCGAAAGCAGCAGGAAAACUUCGACCGCAUCCUGAAAUGCCUAACGCAUCUGAUGUACCUGCUGAUCUCGACGGCCAACAGCGAAGAGGAAAGGGACCUGGUCAGCGGAUCCGUCCGGCAGUUGGUGCGCAACAACAUCCGCAGUGCCAUCACCAACGAUACGCUGCUGCAUUUGUCCGUUUCGCGGUUGAAUGUGAUCAAGAGCGGUUACUUCACCGACGAUAGCAGCCUGCGGGCGAUCUUUCCCAAUCUGAACGUGGCCAAGCUGCUGCUGGAAUGCGGUGCCCACGUGAAUGCCAAGAACGAGAGCAAGUCGACCCCUUUGCUCGUGGCAUCGAUGCCGUAUAAUUACGAGAGGGAGCUGGUCCACACCCUGCUGGAGUACGGUGCCCAUCUGGACCAACCGAAUCGGAACGACGAUCGUCCGAUGUCGCUGAUCGCCGUGAACCCGGUCAACGACAUCCCGCUGGUGAACUACAUCAGUCUCAAGUGUCUCUGCUCCACGGUAAUCACCAAGUUCGGUAUCCCUUACCGGAAUCAGAUCCCCCGAACGCUGGAGGAUUUCGUCCGGUGGCACGAACCGUAAUGAAACUGCCACCACCGGCGAUCCCCGUCUUCUUCGACUGCUCCUGUGUAAAUUGUGAGUUACGCUUUUAUGUAAGUACCUACCUACUUUUCGACCUGCGCAUCUGUAACUAUACCAAUCCAAAUGGUCUCGCCAGCAGCCCUCCGUUCGAUUUUAGAAUAUCUGUAUUUUGCAUACUUUGCGAUAGUUUUAAGGCGUUCGUGUGUGCACACCUCUCUGCCAAGUGCAACAUUUGAGAAGCUGUUUUUUUUUUUAGGAAAAGCGAUGAGUGAGAUAUUUUAACCGACGAGGAAAAUCAAUUCGAAACAUUCUGUCAAUUGGAACCUACAUACAUACAUACAUACACACGCAGUAAUCAGCAGUAUUUCAGUUCUGCUCCGGUAGUUGGGGCGACUGUAUAAUCGGAACAUUAGUCACAUAAAUGAGUGUGUUUGUGUAAACUAGAAUUACGUGACAUAACAUAAUUAACCUACCCGUGUUGAACCGCGUAGCGAGUAUAAGCAAGUGUAAGCACACAACUAAUAUACAUAGUGGAAUGCAUAAACAAAAUAGCACAACCGAACCCCAAUCAAUUAACGUAAUCGAAUAUUAACCAAAUGAUAGAGGAACAUAAACGGAAAAAAAUGUUGAUAAUUAGGCUGAAAACAGAAAACUACUUAUGUACUAGCAGAAGCAGUCGAGACAAAGCUAAGAGGAGAGCGAAAAGCGUUCCGACUUUCUUCGCCCAGUCGAAAAUCAAUCUGUUAGAAUAUUUCCAGGAAAACAAACGAAAUUUCGAUCACACCAUACGGCCAAUCCUAACGACUCAGCGACUGAAUUCAAUUGACUCAGAGCAUUUUGUUUCCAUACGAAAUUUACUCAUAUUUGGGAAAACCUGCAGGAACACAUAGUUAUGAGUAACUACAAGUUUUCCUAUAUAUGAGUAAAUUUUGCAUGGAAAGAAAAUGCUCUGAGUCAAUUGAAUUCAGUUGCUGAGUCGUUCUGAUUGGCCGUGCAAAUAGUUUCAAUACAAGAUAACAAUAUGAACUGUUCAGUGCGAGUAAUUUCCUGGAUUGUUUAAGAAAAAUAUGUUGAUUUAAGGGCAGUAAUUUCACCUCCCCUGGUACGUCUUCGCUUUGCUAGAACGACGUGGUAACAAUAGUUCUGGUCUUUCGAUAAACGAUAGAAACGUCGAUCUGUGUGUUCACACAUUUCAAGUGUGAGUGUUAUAGAAUAACUCAGGAUCAACAAUAGAACAGAGCCCAUCAACAUUUGUAAACGAACCGUUCUAAAGCCCUUUCCUCACCGAGCGAAGGCCGCCCACGCAAAUCAACACCAUUAUCGUGUAAGGGAAAACUUUCCCCUAUCGGAUGAUGGUAUUGGUGGUUGCUUUAGAACGGUUAAUUUACGAAUACUGAUGAGCCCUGUUCUAUUGUUGAUCCUGAGUUAUUCUAUAACACUCACGCACUUGAAAUGUGUGUACACACAGAUCGACAAUUCAAGACCAACAAUUGAAAAGGCCUUAACUCCAUUUUGUAAACAAACCUUGUAAGGUCAUUUUAUCGCAAACCGAAGUCCACCAACGCAAACCAACUAAAUGAACAGGUAGAGGAAGUUCUCCUCUACCUGAUUGUGUGUUAGGUUCGCGAAUGUGAGUUUACGUUCGCGAGAAAAUGUGAAAGGUCAAAGGCUUGUUUACAAAAUGGAGUUGAGGCCUUUUCAAUGUUUGGUCUUGAAUUAUACUACUCGGUAUACACCACUGUCGAGAUUGCCCUGAGGGCAAAAAAGUAGUGGGCUUGUUUGUUACGCAGUAAGAAUUUAUGGCCCGACACAAUAAAUAGACAAAUAAUAAUGACAAUUGUUGCAAUAAGAUGGUGUGUGUGCUUCGCGUUGAAAUAUUGUUUUCAUGGAGAAAGAACAAAAAAUCAGCUGAAGGAUUCGACGAUUAGGUUUAUAAGAAUGGUAGGUUUUGUCGGGCUGAAAUUCGAACGGGAGAAGAUUUCCGACAGCAGCAUUCGGAUCGCUAGUCCGAAAAACCCUUUUUGGAAAACCAAGGAUACGUAGAUUGUUGACCUUAAUUCAACUUGCCAUGAAAGUACAGUCAUCAUUCGCUCGUUGAUGCAUUUCUUUUUUUACGCUGUUUUUGUAACGUCUGACAUUUUAUUUUUCAUUGGAAAAACCUGGAAAACCCUGAAAAAACACACUGCCGUACUCUAACGGAACUAUCAAUUCUAUACGUUCAUCUCCGCAUCUAAAUUACCACUUUAGAAUUAUGCGAUCGGGGCCGUGAUAGGUUUUUUAAAAAAGGAUGAUUUUAAUUUCUUUGCAUUUAAUCACUGACUAUCAAAAUACAAAUGAACUUAACUGUAACA